AUGGCUCCUCGAAAUCCACUCAAGACCAAGGCUAAGGCAAUCUCAUUCAUUAUACAGAGACGAAGGGAUAAUCAAGAGCUGAAUAGUGCGAAUGACAAAGAGAUCGAAGAGCUUGAGACUAAGCUGAGUGCACUUCAAAGCACGCGAAGCAAACUUCAGCGCCAGAAGCGAAGCUUGAAUACCAACUUCGGCAAGUCAACUGAUGACUACACCUGCACGUUGAACCGCCAGUUCGCCGCUGAGAUGUUCGAACGUCUCUCUGCCCGCGAAGUGCGAGACAUGGUUUACUUCCAUCUCAUGGGUGGCGCUCCAGAUGUCAGCAUCAUGCAACGCGAGAAAGAGCUGCCCGAUAACGAAGAGAACAAGUACUACUUCCACGUUGAUCACAGUGACCGUCGCGGCCAGGCUCGCGGCCUUGACAACAAAUUCGAGCACUUCUUCAGGGAAAAGUAUAUGGGAAAGGAGUUUGUGGUCGAACUCGCGGAGGAGUUCAAUAGGCAUGCUUCCUACAAUGUCUGGAACGUCGAUGACGUUCGAUAUCUACUUGAUGCUUGCCCUCUCAGAGGUGCGCCCUGCCGACCCCUCGACUUCCUCCGAACGCUUUCGGUCGACAUAUGCAUCUCAAAACAUGAAUUCCAGCCGACACGGGACUAUUAUGUGAAAGCUCGCCACGCGACAACAGAGUCUGCGUUAAAGAAAGAAGGCUUCCAGAACCAGCUGACUUGGCUUGGCGAUCUCGCGGCCACAUCACAAGUCGCCAAAAUGAGCAUCACGCUUGAUAUUAAUGUGCGGACGCGUGCUGCACUCGAGAGGUACAAAGCUGUGCUGCUACCAUACAUCCAAGAGCUUGUCGAAAAGGACUGCAAGGUCGUUGCGUCGUACGAGAAUUGGGGCAGGAACGACUACUCGCAGCCGCGCAAUCGGGAAACAAUCACCUACGAUCGUACCAUGUUGAUAUCGGAAAGCCAGAUGGAAGCUGCCAUCGCCGCUGUCUUCAUGGGUCAUUGGCGGGAUUUACAUUGGAAACGUCCUAUUGGCUGA